AUAUAAAAACCCGUGUCGUCCACACCUCCGAGACGGUUUAUGGAGAAUAUUGACAGUUUACUUACACAGUUCAUUGUUCUAGGACUGUCCUGUGAGAUAAUGGUUAUGAUUAUUGUCAAUUAACACUAUGAUAUCGUGACUGUACGCUAGGAGAGGUGUCAGUAUAUCUCGACGUCAAUCUCAGGUGUUGUGUGACGAAACGAGUGACGCUGUGUUUACAUCCACGAAUAUGCUGAACAUACUGGAAAAUAUAACGAAGAUUAUAUCGCUAUGGCUGCUCCUGUGCUCAGGUCUACUUACACUCGUCUUUGCGGAUGAGCCGUGCCAGGUGAGGUCCUCCCCGAGAGACACCCCAGUCGAACUCGCGGUCAAGGCAAGCACGAACUCUGUCACACUCUGGGUCAGGGGCGUCGGGAGCAGGACCCACCUCCUCCAGCAGGGCAGUGGUAUGGUUACCUUUCGCAUUGGUCCAAAUUACUGUAACGAGACGGAGAUUAUGGUUCGAAGGGCGGCUGAUCUGCACAGGUGGAUUCCUCUUUGCAUGGCGGUGCAAUCUAAACCAGGCGAUUCUGUGAACGUGAGCUGUAGUGCGGACAUUGACUCCAUCUGGUCUACGUGUAAACUUUCACCGUAUUCGUCAACCGACCACUGUUCGUCCAGGUCACCCUGCUUGACCUCUGACCUGCCAGAAGGGUUCAACGUCUACCUGUUAACCUUCGGCGGUUCCCUCACCCUCCUGCUCCUUAUCCUCAUCUUCUCUCUCUACAUGUGCUUAGUCCACCUGUCCAACAAGCUCGUGCAAGGAGAUCACCGGGUCACCAUGUCGAUGUUCGAGCCGUCAAGAGCCAUGUGUAGCGAGAGUGAGAGUGAAGCGCGCUGCGUCCACUCCCCGCAGCCGCCCCCAGGGAACGGCCUUGACUCUGCGCUCGAAAAGGGGGGAAAUGUGAAUGAAACUGCCGAUGUCUACGGCGACGCGGACUUCCCCUUGUCGACCCUAACUAGGCGGGGAUCAGCCCACGACAGCGAGAACAGCUUGUACGGAGCUAAUACCAAACCCUUAGAGUAUUAUGAGUGAUGGGUAAAAAGGUGAUUUCGUGGACAUGUAGGUAUUGUUUUAGUAGAAUGUGUGUAAUGACCAUGUAAUGCCUUUUUUGUUGAGUGUUUGAUAUAUAUAUAUUAAGUUUUGAAGUAUAUUUUGCUGAGUUGUGGAUAGAUAUAUAGUAUGUACCAAGGAAAAAUAUAUUGUUCAUGAACCAAAAAGAUGUUUAUAAUAUACACAACGUAAGAAAAUAAAGAUAAUAAAGACAGGAGAAAAAA